CACAUUUCAGUCAAGUCAAAGAAGAAAAAGCGGCAAAAAGGCGGAAGUCCUGUUUUUUUUUAAUGGACGAACUUUUCAUCCGGCGAGUUUGUUUUGAAGUUAAAGUUGGUGUUUGGGAGUGAAGUUACACUUGCAAAAAUGGUCUCCACCAUCCCCAACUUCGACGUGAGGCAGAAAGAUGCCGAUCAAGCCUUGGUCGUCGCCAUCUCGUCCUCUGCCGUGUUCGAGGCUGCCGAUGAAGGUGACGAGGUGCACGGCGUGGGCGUGGCCUUCCUACUGCUGCAGGCGUUGCAGAGUGUGAAUCGACGUCUUCUGGCGGAAAAUCCCGAGGAGUUGCUGCUCUUCGACGUGCUACUGAUCACCACCGACAGCAGGGGCCAGCGGCAGAGCGCUCGCAUCGUCAACAGCACCAGACAUUACGGUUUGGAAGUCAGCAGGUUCUGUUUUGCCAGCCAGGACGACUUCAUUGAGAGUUUGCUCCAAAACAAAGUGCAGCUUUUCCUGUCCACACAUCAAGAUGAGGUUUCACACGCCUCCCAAAGAGGUGUUCUGUCAGCGCUGUUGGACCAGCAGACGUCCUUGUGUCCAUCGGAGCAGCUCAGAGUCUUGUUCUGUGGCGACGAAAGCCCGACGCCGGCAGACAGCCAAGCUGCUCAGCAUUUCUGGUGUCGGUUGGGGGCCAUGCGGCGCCGGUUCGGCGUCUUCGACAGUCCACUCAGCAUCAUCGCUAUGACGUGCCGCGGCGGCAGGGACCGCUGCAGCGACGCGCUGAAGACGCUGCGUUCCCACGACGUCAGCGCAGAUGAGGCGUACUGCCUGGCGGGAGCGCCCCGCGGCCCCAUCCUGUCUGUGCUGCGUCCUCACUUCCUGCUCGGCGGCCUGCUGUGAUGCUGCUGCGUUGUCACGUGAGCACCUGAACACACCACCCCUCAAUGUCACAUGAGCACCUGAACACACCAUGCUCAUGCCACAUGUUAAUACCAAUUAUGUAAUCCUCCAAUUCUAUUGAUUUAUGUCCCUAUCUUUGAAUAAAGCCUCAAGAGGAAUAUUUGCUCCUUCAAAUAAUUAUUUAUGAAUAUUUCGUCUCAUAAAAAACAACAUAAAACCAUUGCAAACUUUUGAACUCGAAAAAUUAAAGAUGAUCUUUCAUGCACAUAUGCAUACAUUCUUAAAUAAUUCAAUAUUUUUAUGUUAAUGCAGUCCUUCUCAAAUAGUGGGUGGGUGCAGUGCAAAGCCAGGGCGUGCUUUAUCAGUAUCACGCUUGAAAAAGCUGCACUCCAAAACGUGCUCGUUGUAGCCAUUAACCCCGACUUCUUCAUUUUGAGUUUGAAUUGUAUUAUUAUUUAUUGAGUUUAUUUAAUUAAAUUUUUCACUAUCAGAUAGUUCAAGUCUGUCAAAAAUGUUUUAAUAGUUUAAAGUGGAAAUGCACUUUUUUUUAUUUUGCCUAUCAUUCACAAGCCUUAUGUGAGAAAAGAACACAUGUUUUUUAAUGCAUUCUAAAUCAUAAAUAAAGGAUAGCAAAAGUCAGCUAACCAUUCAGCUAAUGGGAGUCACUCUUUUCUGCCCAUGAAGCACUUAAAAAACAUCCCACAAUAUUAUUAUAUUAAAUUAUAUACACGCUAUAAGUAUAUAUAUAUAUAUAUAUAACGUAGUAACAAUAAUAAUAACAUGUAAUAUUUACAUAAUUUGAUCAUUUUAAGCAUUCGGCAGUGCAUUAAUUUCACACAAAUAAUCACUGCUUAGGGCUCAAUGCAGGCUUUUUGAGAAACAACAAACAUAAUAAAACAUCACAUACUGUUCAAUGUCUGCUCUCACUUGGAUGCCGACUGUUAGGAUGUUCAUAUAUUCCUGUUAACAUGAAGAAGGACUCUGAAUCCUCACGCCUUUUCAUCUCUUUUUCGCCAUUUCCGGCUCCAAAUUAGAUGCCAAAUGUGACCAACUUGUCAGAGUAUGUCCUCAUCCUUCUACUAUCCAGGUGAGAGGCAUUAUUUUUAUAAUCGAGAGUAAACUUUCACGAACUCCGAUGCGAGAAAGCAUCUCACCAGCUCAUGAUUGCUAAUACUUGUUAAUAUUCAGGUCACAACAUGUAAAGUUGUUUGUAUUUUUGGCGUCUUUUUUUAUGUUUUUUUUAAGGACUUUAUGGGCUCAAUAGUGUUCUCCAUUGUAAGCAAACUUUUAUGUAACUCUAUUAAUGAGUUAGAGUGCAAUAAAAAAAUAUACAUCCGUCUUCUUGUCUCUCAUACUAAUUGUAAACAACAACAGACAAAAUAGAAGAAAAAAAGAGCAGUUCCCAUUUAUUAGAUUUUUGUUUUACUUUCAGGGAAAUAUAUGCACUUUAAAUAUUUUCUGUUACAGACUACAAAAACAUGUUAAUAAAGGUUUUCUUUGUUAUAAAUUGA